AAUUCAUGAUGAAUCAUACAUUUUACUAUUUUGUACUCUUGAAAUGGCAUGUUUAGACCAAAUUAAAGAAUGAAAGUUUGAUAUUUUACUGUAAAAUAGUUUUUGUAUGGUUAUUAUGUAACAUUUUGUCGCAUUAUCUGGUGUUUGUUGGUUGUGUGAAGGAGACGGGAGGUGCGUGGAGAUUAAAAUAAACAACAUGGUGGACACUAACCAGGAAAAUUUCGUUUUCACACAAUUCGAUUUCUUUCUCCAAAUCAUAUUAACGUGAAACUUCUUCGACCUCGUAUUUAUAAAUAUCAUGUAUUUCUUCAACGAUAUGCCGAAUUGCAAAAGUCUGUACAAAUUGCUGAUGUGUCUACGAUGAUCACUUGCUUAAAGACUUCUGUCCCCUUCAUUGAAGUGACACUAGACAUUUUUCAACAUGUUCAACACUCCUGAAGAUUAUUCCAAGGUUGACCUAAAAAAGUUUGAAGGUCAUAAAGAUGAGGUCAACAGUGUUGCAUAUUCCUCUGACUUCGAGAUCAUGGUGACAGGCUGUGAUGACGAAAGAGUGAGAGUCUUCAAUGCUAAAACAGGCAAGAUGGUGUGUAAACUGAAAGGCCAUACGGGUGCUGUUCGGACUGUUGCUGUCUCCCCAAAUAGCAAGUUCUUUGCGAGUGGAUCAUACGAUAAAACUGCCAGAAUUUGGAGGAUGUGCGUUGGCGAGACAGUCCAUGUACUUGAUGGCCAUACAAAGAGUGUUGAAGUUGUGACAUUCUCAUAUGAUUCUACUCUGUUGUGCUCAGGAUCUUGGGAUAGGACGGCAAUAUUAUGGAGUGUGGAGAAUGGCUCUGCUCUGAAAGUUUUCACCGGGCAUGAAAACCUUGUCCAGUCUGUCACAUUCUCCCAAAAUGGAAAGUGGCUGGCUACUAGUUCUUGGGAUUUUACUAUCCGACUGUGGGUUAUAAGUAGUGAUAAUCAAUCUGAGGCUGAUACAGUCAAGGUUCUCAAGGGACACUCGGGGAAUAUUCACUCAGUCGUAUUCUCAAAAGAUGGAAUGUUGGCCUCUGGAUCCUGGGAUAAAACUGUCCGUCUCUGGAACCCUAACAAUGGUAAAUGUCUUCACGUAUUACAGGGACACAGUGGAUGGGUCCAAGCAGUUUGUUUCUCGCCGGAUGGACUUUUUGUUGCCAGCGCUUCGGAUGAUGAAACUGUCAGAGUUUGGGAUGUGGUCAAGGGGGCUUGUCUCAAGGAAUUAGAGGGUCGUACUGAUGGUGCCCAACAUUGUGGUUUCACACCUGGAGGGGCUCUGGUGGCUUCAGGGGCUGCCUCUGUCACUCUGGCAUUAUUCUGAGAUAAAACCAUCAAUACAGUGUGAAGAUGAGAGCUGAACAUGAAAAGUAGUGUAUUAAACUGGAGUAGUGCCAAGGAAAAGGCCAUCGAGUGCUUCUGACGAGUGUCGGGGUCUGGUGUGUUGACCAUACAAAAAUCUUGUCUAUUCACUCUUCACUUGCAUGCAAAGCUGGUUCCUUCUGCCAACUCGGGGUACUUGAAAUAGAAAAUACCUUUCUCUCGUAGACUAUAAUUCUCUCUAUUAUUGCAUUUAGCUAUGUAUUAAAAGAUAUUUAUUAGAAUUAUUUUGGUAGGAAAAUACCUGAAUUGUUUAUGUACGGUUAUAGAAUAAAUAGAAGUACAUCAUGUAGCUGUUGUUUUGCUUAGCAGCUGAAUUAUGAUAAUCAGAAAGAAUGAACCUUUUAUGGCCAAUUAUGCUGUUGCCAAUUUUACAGAUUUUGUCAUGCUGAGGAUUGACGUGUCAAAAUGGGAUAUGCUUAACUAGCAGCAAUUUUCCGUCCAAAAGAGUGUGAUUGCAAAUGAUGGCCCAAGUUUACCAUGAUACUGUAUGCAUAGAUAAGGAUUCUUUUGUCAUGUUCGCAGAAGACGUGGUAGAGCUUGUUUCCACAUGUUUCGUUAUGUGCUUAAAUGUACUGUCUUGUUGGUGUUGUGUCCUUGCUGAUGCUGUUGUUCCGUCCACGACAUUGACUUUCUAAUAAUUUUUGCUGAAAAUAAAGAUUUACAUAGACAUUGCAAGUUAA